AUGGCCGAAGAACACCACAUUGUCGCGAUUGAGGCUGUCCAUUGCCCAAUCCCGCAAUUUGAUCUGCCAGGGCCACAUACCCGGGAAGUUCACCGAUGGACCAACCCUUCUGACCUCCCCAGUCGCCUCAAAGAUGCCACAAUUGUCGUGACCACCACUAUUAAACUCUCGGCAGAGACCCUCAGUGCCGAAGUCACCCCGAAACUUCGUCUCAUUGUGAUUAUGGCGACCGGCACGGAUUGUGUCGAUAUCGCGGCCGCCUCGGCCCGUGGAAUUACUGUUUGCAAUUGUCCUGGCUCGAAUAUCGAUAGUGUCAGUGAGCAUGCUAUUGGUCUUUACUUUGCUUCCCGGCGGAAGUUCAUCGAGUUGCAUAAUAAUACUAUUGCGGUGCCUGAUGAUCCAUCCCUUGAUACUGAGUGGAAGACGAACGGGUCGUUACUCAGUCGAGUCCGUUCGCCAAGUGGCAAGGCCCCGUCACUGUGUAGUGAUGAGACUGUAGGCAUUAUUGGAUAUGGAAUGUUGGGGAAGCGCAUUGAGACUUUGGCCAAAGCGCUUGGUAUGAACGUCAUCAUAGCCGAGCGCAAGGGCGUCUUCCCUCGAGCGGGUCGGGUGGGAUUCGAAGACGCUCUGAAGCAAUCGACUGUUCUUAUUUUAUGUCUUCCACGGAGCGUUGAAACACUAAAUAUGCUUUCCACUGCCGAGUUUGAGAUGAUGUCCUCUCAUGCUCUGCUGAUCAAUGUCGCCAGAGGUGGGAUUGUCGAUGAGCACGCUCUGUUGGAUGCUCUCAAACGAAAUGAAAUCGCUGGAGCAGCCACGGAUGUUUAUGUCAAAGAGCCUGCUGGACGAGGAGACUCGCCUUUGCUAAGCCCGGAAGCGGCGUCGUUGAACCUUGUCUUGACCCCUCAUCUUGCGUGGUAUGCCGAAAGAACACUGCACAAUCUUGAGGCUUCUUGCAAGAUCACAGUCGAGAAGUGGUGUAUUGGUCAGACUAUCAACAGGGUGGAAUGA